AUGGGCCGCUACGACUUCCGCCCUCUACGGGUGCGCCAAACCGCGAAAGCCCUCUUCGACUCAAAACGAGACCCUAACUUACCGCAAUGUAUUGCGCAUACCAAAGAUGAGGAAGGCACGGAAAGCCAGCAAACUAUUCAAGCCACUACCCAUCGCAUACCCAGAAGACAAGCUGCGCUCAGAAUUCUUCGGCGACCACCCAUGGGAACUGGCACGACCGAGGCUGGUAGUAGAAAACAGCGGAAACGACUCAAAGAACUACGACUGGAUGUUGUCCAACGCCAAAUGUGGCUAAUGAAGCACGCCUCCCUUUCCAAAUCCUCCGCCUACGAUCUCGCCCGCCGCGAGUUCUACCAACACCGCCACCUCUCCGAGAUCCGCCAACGCAUUGCCAAAGAAGAAGCCCUACACGUCGGCGCCUACUUCGGUAAGGGUCCCCUCGAGAUUGGAAUGGAGCUUGAAGACCGCACCUGGGAGAACUGGAAGUCUUGGGCCGCCAAGCAGAUUGAGGAUGAGCAGUCGAUGCGCGCACAGAUGUUCAGUGGGCAGCAGGAUGAGGGUUUGGGUGCGGGUGCUGAUAUGAGCAAUGCCGAGUACGAUCAGGCUGUUGAGGAGCUGCAGCCUGCUGCGCCGAAUAAUCCGCAGGGACAACGGCCGAUGGGUGGCGUGGCGGCGCAUGCAUAA